AUGAGUUCUCUUCUCGCGAACUGGGACAACGCGCGAGGCGAUCCGGGGUGGAGCAGCGCUGUCCUGCGGUGGCAGCUUGACAGGCUCAAGGUGAAGAGAAGACGGCGCGUCAAAAAGGAAGAAGAGGAAGACGACGAAGACGCAGAAGGGAAAACGGACGAGCACUCGGAGAAGGAAGAAGAGGAAGAAGGCGAGGGAUUGCUGCGAGAACGGAUGGCGAUGGUGAAUCUGCGGGUCUUCAAAAGUUUCGUCAGGGAGCUGUACAAAACCCUGGUGUCCAUUCCGAUCCCGGAGCAUGCGGUUCGCGCUCUCUUCAACCACUGUCGCCUCCACCCUUCGCUCUCCCUCCCAGCCUCGCCUUCCUCGGCCGCUGAGCUGGCCGACGAGUCUUUUCUUCCCAUCACACCUGGAGAGCUUCAUCCUUCGAAGCUGCUCUAUGCCACUCGCAGUCUUCUUCUCGCCUGGCAACGUCUUGGCGUGAACUCCGCGUCGCUGUCUUCGUCGGCCGCGCCUCACCACCACGCAAGUUCGUUACCCUCUAAAGUCCCCAGUUUCGCAGAGGUGCUCCGGGCUGUAUGUACAGCGGUCGCUGCAUCCUUGCCGCAGAGUGUUUCGUGGGCAUUCACGCCGUCGGAGUGUCUCUCCAACUUCGUCACCAGUGUCCAGCCCGCUGACGCGUCUAUCUCGCCUUCGCUUCUCACUGAGGGCAGCAGCGCACAGCAUCGUCCUCGCGACGCCUCGUCUCCGCCGUCUCCGGCCAUGUCUCUGUCCGCGGAAUCUCGCGAGGAAGAAGUACAGAGCGCAGACACUGCGGGGCUCUCUUCGUGGAGGUAUUCGUCUUUUUCUCUUUCCAGUUUGUCUCGAGAAGGCGGGCAAGGCGCGGAUUCGCCGGGACACGAUUUCCGGCUUUUGGCGACAGUAGAAGAUGCAAUCCUUCGGGGUUUGCGGCAAGUUGUCGGAGGCACUCAAACCGGCGAAGCACCAGACGAGCAGGCGGCCGCGGUCGGACCCGGUGGGGGGACUUCAGGAAGGUCCGCCAGGCUGCGUGAUGAUAGAGAAUCACUAGUCGCCGGGGAACCGGCGGCAGCACUCGCCGGUGCUUCGGCAACGCACGGGCGAGCAGAGAGGGGUGCGGAGACUGCAGACGCCUCUGGGGGCGGCGAGAGUCUACUUUGUACCGGGCGCGCGCUCGAUCGGGAGAUUCGAGCAGCUUUGGCGAGACCCGACAAAGUUCCCGUGCUCUAUUUCGCGUCUCUCUUGACGCAGCCAGUGCCGCCUUUCGCCGUGUUCCAAGUGUACCUCCACCUGAAAAAAAGAAGCACAGAGCAGCACGGCCUCGUGUGCCAUCGCAGAUGGUGGUCUCCCGAAGAAGACGCAGCUCUCCUGCGCGCCGUCGACACCGUGGGCGUUCAACAGCGAGGCGCGGGGAAGUGGAUGAAAGUCGCCGCCCUUCUCCCUGGGCGCACCAACAACCAGUGCCGAGCCCGGUACCUGUAUCUGGCUGUGGAGGGAAAGCGACAUGGCCUUUUUUCGGCUUUGGAAGACCUCCGACUGCAGGUGCUUGUCUCCUGCUAUGGCAGGGGCUCUUGGGGCAAAAUCGCGAGGCAUCUGCGAGGCCGGACGGAGAUGAAAUGCCGAGAGAGAUAUGAAAAUUGCUUGCACGACGAGGUCAAGUCGCUUCUCUGGACCGCUAGCGAGAUUUCUCUCCUUCGCGUUGCAGCCGAUUUUUUCCACCAGGACUGGCAGGCCGUUGCGCGCGUGAUUGGCGGUCGGCCUGCGCAGCACUGCAGAGAGAAGUUCGCCGAGUUAGAGACGCAAGCAGAGAUGGAAUGUGCCUCGAUUCGCUUUCUUUCGCUGCCGUGGAUUCCUGGUCAGCCAAGAGACGACCUGGAAGCUGAGGGGAGCAUGAAUUUCGCCCUUCAUGUUGGAAGCGAGGCAGACCCGACGCCGCUUGAUGGGGCUGUAUACCCACUGCUUCACCUCAGUGGAAGCUGGACUACGUCUUCCCCCUUCAGGCCGGCUGUCGUCACGUGGGCUCAGGCUCAUCUGGGGUGUCUUCUUCGUCUGUUCGUCUCUGCCUGUCCACAUCUCUUCCCCGAUUCUGUGCGCGAGGCAGCAACUCGCCGCCGACACUCUCCGUCGUCUGCGUCCCUUCCCAUAUCCCCGGGGGAGGCGCCCGGAGCACAGGAAGUCCCUUCCCUUGAGGCAAAGACGAGAGGGGAGACCCGAGAACUGAGCGUCCGACAGAGGCGGACAGACGUGAACGGCACAGGAGAGCGCGAGAGACAGUACCAAGGCAUCGAUGGAGGUCGGUGGCCGGCCGAAGCGCGCUCUGCAGCAAUCGCGUUUGCCAGGUAUCUGGAGGGGCUCUACACCCUGCUCGUCCCCGCGUCUUCUAGUGCAGGCUCGGCUACCUCGGAGGACCGCGGUCUUCCUGCUUCCGACGCUGAUUCCAGGCUUCUCUCAGUCCCUCAAGCAGGCCGUGAAGCUCCUCUGCACCAGGGAGAAAGUGUGGAGGCUAUCAGCCGCGAACCGUCUUCGCCCUCGUUUCCUGCGCGGUGUUCAGAACGGUCCCAGUCUUGCGCCUUCUUUCCGUCUUCUGUCUUAGGAAUGUCUCGCGCAGGCGCUCCUCUUCCGUCUCUCGGCGACCACUCUCCACACGCUGCGCCCCCGCGUCCCCCGGCUUCUGCGCCUGCUCAAGUUUUGUCUGAGGAUUGCAUGCACGCCUCGGAGGCACGGCAGCGGCCUCAAGCGCCUGGGGCAAGUCGCGCGGCUCCUGGCGUGUCCCCCCCGGACGCGUUGGAGCGGCCGGGCGACGACGCAGUCGCGUGUCUCUUCCUGCUCUUCGCGGUAAAGAAAUGCGUCGCCUUCGGCUUAGGUGAGCAUGCGCCGCGACUGCUGAGUUUGUACAAGAAGGGGGUUCGCGAAUGGGGGCUGAAUCCCGCGACGCGGAGCCCCGCAGAGGCGUGUGGAAACAGCCGGGUGGUCCAAAUGGCGGGUUCGCGUUUAGGCCCGCCAGGGCCCUCCAGUCGGUCCAAGAGUGCACGGGAAAUCAGGGGAGAGACCGUGGAGAAUCCGACAGACUUUCAGCUGGCUGUUCCACAAGAUUUCCCUGAAGGGGUCUCUCAGCCUGUUUUGCCGGACCCGAGGCUUCCCGCCGACGUCCCUCCCGCCGCUGCGGUGGGUCUCCUCCGGUGGCUAGCUUUCUCCGGUGCGACUCUUGUCGAAGCCGUGAGAGGCCCGCGGGCGAGUCGGGCACCAGCGCGCUCGGCCACGCUGGAAAGGCAUGUCGACGUGGCAGCUGAGAGGGAAAGGGUUGACCUGGUGCCGCCGAGUCCAGUGUCUGCAGAGCCUGAUGAGGCGCAGGUUUUCGCGGGGUCGGCAGGCACAAGUGAGAGAGCGCGAGGCCGCUCUGUGUUUGGCGAGCUACUGGAGUUCGUGUCUCACGAACGAGGACACAAUUCUCUCUCCGCUGGUCCCGCCAAGCGCCCCUCUCUCAGGUGUCUUCAACAGCGCCCGUUGCCGGUGGCCCUGGUGGAGGCCGCGACGCAGGCGGCAGCGGCCGAAAUGAAACUCCGGGGGCUGGACCGAGAGCCUUCUCGAGGCACUCCAGGAAAUGGGAAAGAGAGAAACAAGCGCAGGGUCCAGCCGUCACGUUCCUCGUCGGUCCCAGAUUCGACAAGCAGGCGCCUGGCGAAGGAGAGGGAGAUUGGCACACAGGGGGCUGUUUUGGGGUCAGAGUUGGGUGAAAAUCUCAGGGUCGAGGACGAGCGGUCGGAGUCCCAGGCGGCUGAAACGUUUUUUCUCUCGCACUCGGGAGAGACGCACGGGUGUGGGGCUCCCGGGAAGGUGAGACGAUACUAUGCAGAAGUGUCUAGCAGGCACAUCUCUGCUCGAGUCCAACGACAGGGAAGGCCAGGGCGAGGCAGAGGGGGGCCGGGAGGAGAUCGACGAGAAGGCUCGGACGCGGCUGCGAGGCAGAGCGGCGAGGUAGAGGAGAUGGGGCAGAGAAGAGACCGGGGGGGGAGCGAAAGCAAGCGAGGGAGAGGUCGCGGCGGCAGAAAGGGAAAGACACAAGAGGGUCAUCCAGCGCCAGGACGCCGUGGAAGAGGACGAAAAGGAAAACCAGGUGAGGUGCGUGAGGCCGCGGGGGAGAACCCGAGUGGCCACCAUCGAGUAGAAGACGGGGCAAGCGAUGAAGAUGGCGCGUCAGUCUCGCGACUGGAAGAAAGACUGGUGGGGACGGAGGCACGGUGCGGAAACGAUGACGGGAGGAGCAAAGCGGUGGAGCGGCGGCGCGCCAUCGUAACGGACGGAAGAGACGAGACAGGCAUCGAGCGAAAUGCUCAGAAGAGAAGAAACCGUGAUGUGGGGAAGAAUCGAGAUGGGAAAGAAAUGAGCCGUCGUGAGAGACUCGCGGAAGACGGCAUCGCCCAAGGUCUGCCCAUUGGGCGUGCAGGAGAGAUUGAUGUGUGUCAGAUGUGCGAGAGAGCUGUGGUAGGCCUUCCACUUCAAGACGGGAGGACGGGAAAGAAAUUUACGGAGGCAGAAGCGUACGCGAUUGCCAGUGAAGUCGCAGCGAAACUCAAGGCAAUGUGCCAAGCGCCAACAUCUGCAGACCAAGCUGCCACUCAGUGA